CUCGGCUGAUCCCGCCAAAACAAAAGUCCUAAACUCAGCGAGUUUUAGUUUCUGGAAAUAGAAACUGAAAUAAUCAGAGCUGAGUUUUCACAUCGUUUCAGUGCAGAGACAAACAGAUGGACUCAACAUGUCUUCAGAUAAGAACACCGAAGUUUACAUCCCUAAGGACGCCUGUGUCAGAACUGUCCCCUUGCAAUGCCUUCCCUCAUCCAUCGCCAGGAAGAUAGACAAGCGACAUUUACUGACUAAAUCAAAGAGGUCAUCGCGUGACCCGUCUCAGACGACCACAUGGAUCUGUCCUGUGGAGCUGCGAGAAAAAGGAAUGUCCACCUGCCGAACAGCACAGACAUGCCGCUUUCUGACCCGGGGUCAGUUCCGGCUGCCGGUCGUCAGCUCCAACCCCAUGGCCUCAAGAAUCCUCCACAGGUUUCUGUCCCCAGGUGGACGCUUACCUCAGGCCGACGAUCCAGAUGCCCCAGCAGUGUGCAGCAGAGUGUCCAGCUACAGGCGGAAUGCCAUGGUGCUUUUCCGCGGUCAGAUAUUUCUCACAGUGAGGAAGAAAACGACAGCGGAUGGCCAGGAGGAUCACAAAUAUGGAGCGUCCCACAAAACCACAGAAGAAGCAAAUGAAAAUACUCCAACAUGUGAAAAUGCACAGAUUAGAGAGGGCAUUCAGGGGAGGAUGAAUGAACAAGGUCAUGGCCAGGUAGAAUAUGGUGCUGAUGAUGCUGAAAGUGAGGAGGAACCAAUGAGAAGACAAGCUGGGUGUCCAGUAAGAGAGGAGUGUGGUAGAGAAGGUAAAGUAGAAGUUUUCAAUAAUGAUGAUGAGCCGAUGGAGAUUGCUGAGAAAGCGCCAGAUCCAAAGCAACAGGCUGCUGGUGGUCAAAGAUCUGUGGAUUAUUCACAUGCUCAGAAGUUAAAAGCUGCUUGCACAAGUAUUAGCAUUAACAUUAGCAUUAGCGGUGAACUCCAGAACGGCGUAGAAGCAGGAGGAGCUCUGGAGAACAGAGGUGGUGCUGACGUUGUUGAUGGUGUCACUGCUGAAGAACGUCUGCCAGAUGAUCACAGUUUCCCUGCUGAAUCCCACAGAACUGUUUUUCCUAUUAUAACCAACAUCACGUCCCUUGCUGAAGGCUGGACCGGUUCUGCUGGGACCGUGAUUUAUGAAGAACAAACAGCGCUGGAGGAACAUCAGAACUUCCAGUCUUCAGACGGACCUCAGCUCACAGGUACAGCUGAGGGUUCUGCUCAGACUCUUCCUCCAGAACCCAGUCUCCAGGAGAACCAAGCUAAUGGUGUUCUACCCAGCUUUAUGUUGCCUCCAGAAAAUUCCCGCCUCGACUUUGUUAUUCUAGAACGGGAGGAGCGGAUCCUACGCAUCCGGAACUCGUUAAGGAACCAGGUGGCUAAGCUAAACACCCUGAACAGCAAGCAGUGAAAUAUUGCUAAAGAAGAGAUGCAUAAAACAUCAAAACAGAACGUUGCCACUGAAUACAAUAGAUCUAGGAACAGUUCUAGAAAACAGCAAAGAAAAUGGUUCUACAGUGCUAGAGCACAUUUUCACCGUUCUAGAAAUGUGAAUAUAAAAAAUGUCAGUAUAGAAUACUGUUCUAGAAAAUGUCAAUAUAGAAGAGUUCUACAGUUCUAGAACAUAUUUUUAGAAAAUGUCAAUAUAAAACACAUUUCUAAAAAAUGUCAAUAUAGAAUACUGUUCUAGAAAAUGUCAACAUGUAACAGUUCUACAGUUCUAGAACACAUUUCUAGAAAAUGUCAAUAUAGAAUACAUUUUUUAGAAAAUGUUAUAAUAGAAUACAUUUCUAGAAACUGUCAGUAUAGAAACCAUUUCUAGAAAAUGUCAACAUACAGCACUGGGGAUAAAAAUAAGAGACUAUUUAAAAAUGAUGAGUUUCUUUGUUUUUUUGCAAAUUAAAAACCUCUGAAAUAUUAUCAAGAGGAAGAUGGAUAAUCACAAGCCAUCAAACCAAGCUGAACUGCUUGAAUUUUUGCAUCAGGAGUAGCAUCAAGUUAUCCAAUAGCAGUGUGUAAGACUGGUGGAGGAGAACAUGCCAAGAUGCAUGAAAACUAUGAUUAAAUACCAGGGUUGUUCAACCAAAUAUUGAUUUCUGAACUCUUAAAAACUUUAUGAAUAUGAACUUGUUUUCUUUGCAUUAUUUGAGGUCUGAAAGCUCUGCAUUUUUUGUUAUUUCAGUCAUUCUCAUUUUCUGCAAGUAAAUGCUCUAAAUGACAAUAUUUUUAUUUGGAAUUUGGAAAAUAUGUUGUUCCAAGUUUAUAGAACAAAAAACAUAAAACAUAAAAAUAGACAUGAAUAUAGAACACAGUUCUUGUUCUAAUCACUAUAUAAAGUUGCGUAAGGGUUCUUUACUAAAUGCAAUGAUAAUCAAGAACAAUUAAUUUUAAAAGGGUUUUUCUCAUACUAGACCAAUGUCGUUUUUUCUGUUGUUUUACAAGGGUUCUGUCAAGCUUUAGGUUAUUUCUCUGGUUAAAUGGCACUUUAUGUUUUUUUUUUUUAUAGAACCAAAAAAAUGUUUCACUCUUUCAGUACUAUGUAGAGCCCUGUAUGCUUAGAGUGUAUCUCAGUAAUUCUAAUAUACUUCUGUAUUUUCUUAUGUUUUGUGUUUAUUAAUGUGACUCUGAACUCAAAUUAUUCAUAUUAUUGAUUUAGCUGACCGUGAAUUAAUUUAUAUACAUUGUAUACACAGAUCAAGCAAAACAUUAUGACCAAUUAUGAUUCAAUAUAUUGUGAUAUACUGCAAUACUGUAGGAGUGUCUUAUAGAGUGGAGAACAGUGAGUAAACUGUGUUUAAAAACUACAUGAAAAAAAAGGAAUAAUCAGGGUAGAAACGAGGGGGCGGUCAUAAUGUUAUGCUAGAUAUGUCAUAAAAUGUGUGUGGAUAACAGAUUACGUCAUGCUUUGUUAAAUAAGUUAGAAAUACAGUUCAGAGUGAUGAAUAAACAGUGUUUAUGUUUACAGUAUGUUGAUUACUUUGUUGAGCUGAUGAUUAAACGUUGUGAAUCUGAGUAAA